CGAAGACAGAGAGAAACUCAAGGUAAAAAGAUAGUAGAUAAUGGUGAACAUUAGAGUACAAAAAGGUCCUGAAUCUCCGAGGACGAUGGAGGUGGGAGAGAUAGACACAAGAGCACCGUUCCAAUCGGUGAAAGCUGCGGUGAGCUUGUUCGGAGAAGUUGCAGUCUCUAGGCAAAGAAGUACUCCAAGGAGGUCUCGCCUUUCCUCUGAGAGCGUUUGCGAUAAAGAAACAGAGCUGAUGCUGGUCCAUAAGGAAUUCAUCAAAAUCAAGCAAAAGCUAGACAAGGCUGAGAGCACUAGAUCUCGUGCUCUUGCCGAUCUUUCAACGGCAAAGAAGACAAUGGAGGAACUUAGCAACAAGCUUGAGACUGUCAACAAGUCUAAGCAAUCCGCUAUUGAUACCAAAGAAACCGUGCAACAGCGCGAAGAACAGCUUGAGCAUGACAAGUCUCAUGGCUCUCCUCCUCACCACCAUGAACUUGACGUUGCUAGAGAACAAUAUCUCUCCACCACCGUUGAACUCGAUGCUGCAAAACAGCAGCUCAACAAAAUUAGACAGAGCUUUGACUCCGCUAUGGAUAUCAAAACCACGUCUUUAAACCAGACAGCAGAAGCCCAACGUGCACUCCAAGUUAACUCCGCAAAGGUUAACGAGCUUUCUAAGGAGAUUUCGGAUAUGAAAGAUGCGAUUCAUCAGCUCAAGCUAGCAGCUGCUCAGAAUCUGCAGGAACACGCUAAUAUUGUGAAGGAGAAAGAUGAUUUACGAGAAUGUUACAGAACUGCUGUUGAGGAGGCAGAGAAGAAACUUCUAGUGUUGAGGAAAGAAUAUGAGCCUGAACUCUCAAGAACUCUUGAGGCCAAGCUGGUAGAAACGACCUCAGAGAUUGAGAUUUUAAGGGAGGAGAUGAAGAAAGCUCAUGAAUCUGAGAUGAACACGGUUAAAAUCAUUACAAACGAGCUUAAUGAUGCUACGAUGAGGCUACAAGAAGCUGCUGAUGACGAAUCCUCUCUCCGAAGCUUGGUGAAUUCUCUCAGGAUGGAGCUAGAAGACUUGAGAAGAGAACGCGAAGAUCUGCAGCAGAAAGAAGCAGAGAGGUUAGAGAUUGAGGAAACUAAAAAGUUGGAAGCUCUCAAGGAAGAGAGCUUGAAACUGGAGCAGAUGAAAUCAGAAGCUAUGGAAGCAAGAAACGAAGCUGAAAAGAUGAACAAGAAGAUAGAGAGCCUGAAGAAAGAAACCGAGGCUGCAAUGAUAGCUGCAGAGGAAGCUGAAAAGAGAUUAGAGCUUGUUAUAAGAGAAGUGGAGGAGGCGAAAUCAGCUGAAGAGAAAGUCCGGGAAGAGAUGAAGAUGAUAUCUCAGAAGCAAGAGAGCAAGAAACAAGACGAAUCAUCUGGUUCAAAGAUAAAAAUUACGAUCCAAGAGUUUGAAUCUUUGAAACGUGGAGCAGGGGAAACAGAGACUGCAAUCGAAAAGAAGUUGGCAGCUAUAGCAGCUGAACUCAAAGAGAUCAACGAGAGAAGAAAUGAAGCAGAUAAUAAGUUAGCAGCGAACCUUAAAGCGAUAGAAGAGAUGAAGCACGCAACGGAUUUGGCUCAGAAGUCGGCAGAAUCUGCAGAAGCUGCAAAGAGAGUGGUGGAAAGUGAAUUGAGGAGAUGGCGUAAACAAGAAAAUGUACAACAUGCUUAGGAAU